UGAAAGACGAAACCAAGCCCAACCCAUCAUCCCCAGGACUUCUCCCGAGAAGCCGGCAAGCUGACCAUACACCAUUUCCCCCUCUUCACACCCGUGGGUACCAGCCUGCCUUGCUGAGGUCACCAGCCCAGCCCGGAGGAGCCUAUGCAGGAAACGCAGCCCUCCCCAGGCUGACCUCUCCAGGGUCAAAGCUCCUGCAGCCUCUCGCCUUUAAUCACACGGUUGGCCACAUAAUACUUUCUGAACAUAAAGAUGUCAAGUUUAAUUGCUCAAUCAACAUUCCUAGUAUGUACCAGGACCUCGCAACUAUUUCUUGGUGGAAAGAUGGGAUGGAAUUACUGGGGGCACAUCAUGUAGUUACUCAGUUUUAUACAGAUGUUGAAGUUACCACAGUCAUCGCUUCCUUCAGCAUAACCAACGUGCAGCGUUCAGACAAUGGGUCAUAUAUCUGCAAGAUGAAAAUAAAUGAUGAAGAGAUUGUGUCCGAUCCCAUCUACAUCGAGGUGCAAGGACUUCCUCAUUUUAUCAGGCAGCCUGAGAGCAUGAAUGUCACCAGAAACACAGCCUUUAACCUCACCUGUCAGGCUGUGGGCCCUCCUGAACCCAUCAAUAUUUUCUGGGUGCAAAACAGCAGUCGUAUCAACGACCAGCCUGAAAAAUCUCCCUCCAUUCUAACUGUUCCUGGACUGACCGAGACAGCCAUCUUCAGCUGUGAGGCCCACAAUGACAAGGGGCUGACCGUGUCCGGGGGCGUGCAGAUCAACAUCAAAGUGAUCCCCUCCCCACCAGCUGAAGUCAGUGUCUACAGCACUACAGCACACAGCGUCCUGGUCUCCUGGGUCCUGGGUUUUGAUGGAUACUCCACAUUCAAGAAUUGCAGCAUUCAGGUAAAGGAAGUUGAUCCAAUGAGUAAUGGUUCAGUCAUGACUUUUAACACCUCUGCUUCACCACAACUCUAUCAAAUUGAGCAGCUGCAAGCUCUGGCCAAUUACAGCAUCAGUGUUUCCUGCUCGAAUGAAAUCGGAUGGUCUGCACUGAGCCCUUGGAUUCUGGCCAGCACAACUGAAGGAGCCCCUUCAACAGCACCUUCGAACAUCACAAUGUUUCUGAAUGAAUCUAGUAAUAAGUUGGACGUCAGAUGGAUCCAGCCUCCGAUUAAGCGGCAGGAUGGGGAGCUGGUGGGCUACCGUAUAUCCCACGUGUGGCAGAGUGCGGGGACUUCCAAGGAGUUCUCUGAAGAAGUUGGCCAGAACGACAGUCAAGCUCAGAUUUCGAUUCAAGUCCACAAUGCCACAUGCACAGUGAGGAUCGCAGCCAUCACAAAAGGGGGAGUUGGGCCUUUCAGUGACCCAGUGAAAAUAUUCAUCCCUGCACAUGGUUGGGUAGAGUUUGCCCCCUCAUCAACCCCAGCACCUGGCAACACAGAUCCUGUGGUCAUCCUCCUUGGUUGUUUUUGUGGAUUUGUUUUGAUUGGGUUAAUUUUAUACAUCUCUCUGGCCAUCAGAAAAAGAUUCCAGGAGACAAAGUUUGGGAAUGCCUUCACAGAGGAGGAUUCAGAAUUAGUCGUUGAUUACAUAGCAAAAAGAUCCUUCUGUCGGCGAGCUGUUGAACUCACCUUGAGCAGCUUGGGUGUCAGCCAGGAACUGCAAAAUAAACUAGAAGAUGUUGUGAUUGACAGGAACCUUCUCAUUCUUGGGAAAAUUCUAGGGGAAGGAGAGUUUGGGUCUGUGAUGGAAGGCAGCCUUAAUCAGCAAGAUGGCACCUUGCAGAAAGUGGCAGUGAAGACCAUGAAAUUGGACAACUUUUCUCAGAGAGAGAUUGAGGAGUUUCUCAGUGAAGCAGCAUGCAUGAAAGACUUCAACCACCCAAAUGUCAUCCGACUCCUAGGCGUGUGUAUAGAAAUGAGCUCUCAAGGCAUCCCAAAGCCCAUGGUGAUUUUACCCUUCAUGAAAUAUGGUGAUCUACAUACCUACCUACUCUAUUCCCGACUAGAGACAGGACCAAAGCAUGUUCCUCUGCAGAUACUGUUGAAGUUCAUGGUGGACAUUGCCCAGGGAAUGGAGUAUUUAAGCAACAGGAAUUUUCUUCAUCGAGAUUUAGCUGCUCGAAACUGCAUGUUGCGAGAUGACAUGACGGUGUGUGUGGCAGACUUCGGGCUCUCCAAGAAGAUUUACAGUGGUGAUUACUACCGCCAAGGCCGCAUUGCCAAGAUGCCUGUGAAGUGGAUCGCCCUGGAGAGUCUUGCAGACAGAGUCUACACAAGUAAAAGUGAUGUGUGGGCAUUUGGCGUGACCAUGUGGGAAAUAGCAACACGGGGAAUGACGCCCUACCCUGGCGUCCAGAACCACGAGAUGUAUGACUACCUUCUCCACGGCCACAGACUGAAGCAGCCUGAAGACUGCCUGGACGCACUGUAUGAAAUAAUGCACUCCUGCUGGAAUGCUGAGCCCUUGGAGCGACCCUCCUUUUCAGUGUUGAAGCUGCAGUUAGAAAAGCUGUUGGAACUUCUACCUGAGGUUGAGGACAAAGCAGAUGUCAUUUACAUCAACACUCAGUUUCCAGAGAGCUGUGAGGACCUGACAGCAGACCCUGUCCUUGAGCGGCUGGACAUGGACAUUGACCCUGACUCCAUCAUUGCUUCUUGCACACCCAGCGCCACCAUCAGUGUGGUCACAGCAGAAGUUCACGAGAACACGCUUCACGAGGGAAGAUACAUUCUGAAUGGGGGCAGUGAGGAGUGGGAAGAUCUGCUCUCUGCCACCCCGGAGACAGCAGGAAAGGACAGUGUUGGACUAGAAGACAGACCUGUGAGGAAUACGGCCUGCUGGUCCCAGGCCAGCACUCUGCCUUUGAGGAGUCUGUCUCCGGAUGAACUUCUGUAUGCUGACGACACCACAGAGGACUCAGAAGUCUGAGGAGAGGGGAGCUGAGAGAUAGUCCCCACCAAGCAACUUGUUCUGCUUUAGGAGAAUCCAUGUGUGCUUGGUGUUUUUGGUAUUUGUCUUCCCUGCCAAGUAAGCACCAUGGUUCAAAAGCACCAGAUGAAUGUUAUCAAGUCAGGCAUCAUUAAAAAUGCGUAAUAUAUAUUUAUUGAAAGAGAAAUAUAUGUGUGUGUAUAUAUGGUGGAAACAGAUUUUUAUAUUUUAAUAAAAGAUGACUUAUUCCAUUUCAUUUACCUUGCUGACAAUAAAUUUUAAGCUUGAACAGUUUUAUCUCUACAGCAAUUCUCUGAUGUUAACAUUUGCAGAGUCAAUUUUUUUUAAGUUCUUCCCUUUUUCAUGACUAUGUAAUGUAAAAAUAUUUGUAAAAUGACGCCAGAUUUGACUUUGCUUCUGGUUUUAUGAAAAAUCUGAUAUCACUACACUGAGAAGAAUGAUUUGUUUGUUUAGUAUUUAA